UUUAGUGCGCCGACGUGCCAAGAUUGUGGGAGUUCAAAAAAAGUUGACGUCCAGGAUGAAAGCAAAGAGAAUGGAGUGCAUCUUCCACUUGGAUGCAAUGGAAUUCACCGAUGGCGUCUGGAGGAUGUUUUUCAUACCGAAGUGGUGGAUCUGGGUCGCUUGUUUGGCAGGUCUCCUCCCGCAGCAGUGUUGUGGAGUUCACGUGUUAGUAAAGGAUGAGAAGAAGUACGCGGUGUUGUUCCAGUCGGUGGUGUUGCCGUGCCAGUUCAACAGCGUGUCCACCCAAACGCCGAUCGUGCAGUGGGUCUACAAGUCGUACUGCCGGGACCGCACGAGGGAUUCUUUCAGCCUUUCCGACGGCCUGAGUGGAGGGUUGGGAGGAGCGGGUCACGACGUCGGGAAGAAAGCCAGCUACCUCGACUGCUCCGACAGCAGCCGCACGGUGCGAACCGUGGCCUCCGUGUCCGGAUCCUCCAUCACUCUGUCAGAGUACUACAAGAACAGAGAUGUUUCCAUCAUCAACAAGGCAGACCUGCGCAUCGCAGAGGUCCGGUGGGGAGACAGCGGCGUGUACACGUGCAAAGUGGUUAUAGCUGAUGAUGUGGUCGGACAGAAUGAAGCCUCUGUGGAGCUGUUGGUUCUGGGUUUCUCAGGUGUGCCUGAAGAUUUGCUUCCUGACUUUGAAUGGAAGAUUAUGCCAGAGUGGGUUUUUGUGGCUGCUGUGGCAUUGGGCAGUUUGUUAUUCCUUCUGUUGGUUGGCGUGUGUUGGUGUCAGUGUUGUCCUCACUCCUGCUGCUGCUACGUGAGCUGCUGCUGCUGCCCGGACACAUGCUGCUGCCCCAAGCAUUUGUACGAGGCAGGUAAAGGUGUCAAGACGGGAAGCUCCACCCUGCAGACGCCCGCGUACCCGCCAUACUUUGUUUCUGGCGUACCAGCAAUGGUACCCAUUGCUCCCCCGUCCCUGGUGGAACAGAUGUCAUCUGUCCCCCAUUCAGAUGGUAGUCUACUCACAGCGGAAAAAGAAACAAAAGCUCCCAGUGCUGAUGGGAUCCAGUGUUUAUGUCCAGUUCCAGUACAUGCUUUAGGUGCUCCCUACCGCUUGCCGUCACCUCAGGACCAGGACUCUCUCAGGGUUCUACAGUAUGUAGAGAACCAACUGGCUCACUUCAACCCUGCCAGGUCCACCAGCCACCAGUCCUGUGGCGUGUCCGAACUGAGUUCCCUCCACGAGGGAGAAACCGCUUUUCGCCAGACAUUUCGAAAGGUCCAGAAGAAAGCACUUCCGCCCAUUCCGGAUGGCGAUCCUCAACCCGAACCGAGACGAUACCGCGACAACCGCAGCCCGGAGCCGCAGCGCUUCCGUGACAACCCCCCUUCUUCACCAGAGCGUUAUCGCCAGGACCCUGAGUCGGAACCCCGUCACUGUGCGGAGGACUCCCUCCUGCCGCGCCGCUACAGUGACGACCCUCCUUCCUCUUCCCAGUCUCGAAGGCACAUACGUGAGGCACGGCAACAGAACCGCAGUGAAGAGAACCGCCACAACAGGUGGAACCCUCGAUCGGAACAUCUGGAAAGAAAAACCUACCACACUGCGGGACGGACUGGCUCACUGGAUGAACUGGAAGAGUUCGCUGCUACCUACAAGCAAAGAGGACGCAGACAGGCAGAGAACAGGGACGACGAAGACGACGAGCCAGAGCAUCGGGAGUUCAGACGAUAUCCUUCACAUCGGCACGGUCCACCGCAGCACCGCUACGACGAUCCCAACGAGCUCAGAGACUGCGGUGACCAUGAAGACCGACCCAGAAGAAAGAAGAAACGUGAACAUAACAUAAGUCCACUUCCAUCCCCUAAAAAGGGGCGGGGCACCAGGGUAAAUGGGCGUUCUGCCUCACCCCCUCCCAUUGGGAGUCCAUCAUCAACUUCUUCUCAAGAAAAAGACUACGACAGCGCAUUCCUGAACAGCCUUUUGGAGCGUAAAGCUAAGUUACGAGGAGUCAACCAGGGGAAGCGGGGCGCCCGGGGAGAGGACGAUUCAGACACACCCUCGAAGGGAAGCUCGAAAAAGAGCAGUGGGGAGUCCGGCCGGCACUGUAGCAGGUCACCUAGCAACAGGCCCGAAGCUGAUUCACUGGCCCUUUACUCGGAUACAGAGCGAAGCCGCAAUGACGGGCCCUCUCCGCGGCCACUCCCAGCACGCACCCGCUCUCCACAACCUUCCGCUCCUUCCCCGCUCAAUCGCCGUGGGGAGACCAGGGACAAGGCUCGGAAAGUGCAGGGGACUCUUCUCAGCCGGGAUUCCCUUAUCGUGUGAUUGGCUGGAAGAGCCUCGGCGCUUGGAAGGGGGCGGACCGUCCGACCAUGUGAUUCAAUGGGCGCUCCAGUAUGUGUGAGCUGAUAAUAGGCUCACUGUAACUGGUACACUUGAAUGGAGACACGGAUGACACGCGGAUAAACUAAACUGCCGAUGUCAUUGGUGCUUCGUUAUGUGUCACUGGUCGCCAAGCAAAUGUCUCAGCUGGACUGAUGUGGGCUUGGUGCGUGACCUGGAAUGUCCCUCCUGGCAGGACCGCGCCACCUCCCCUUCCUCCCUUUUAAAAGGGGAUGGAAACCAGUGACUGUAGCUUUAUGCCUCCUCCACAAUGAGUGCUUUCAUUUCUGUUUGAUGAGACAAAAAACAAUAAAAAAAAAAAAGAGUGGAGAGUAUAUGACAACAAUAUGGUAGACUAUCAAUCACAGAGGUUUAAAACAUUUUUUUUUUUUCCAAUUUAAAAAUCAAUACAUGGAGUACACAAUAAACAAAAACAAGAAUAAAUGUACAGCAAAUAGCGAAAAUCCACAUAAUAGCAUUGAUGCCCCCAAAAGAUUUCCAAUUGCCAAAAGACACCACAAUAUGGCAGAAAAGCACUUUUUUAUUAUUAUUAUUAUUAUUAUUAUUAUUAGACAAGGCUAUGGCCUGACUAAAUGAAGUUCCUUCCGUCACGUCAACAUAGUCCCUUGGCACCAAGAUAGCGAAGUCUAUCUGUGCCAUUUAAGUUUGAAUAGGAAUUUCUAACACUUUUUUUAACCAUCAAAUUUCUAACACUGAAAUUUUCAACCCGGAAAUAAAAUUCAGAUACAAAAAUGUUAACGUCUUAAAUUCGAAUUCAAACUCAGAUGGCAGAAAAAUACUACAAUAUAUACCUGUGCCACCUAUAUUAGACUUUUUUUUUUUUUUUUUUUUUUUUACACUGAAUUUUUAGAUGGUAAAACAAUUCUGUGUUAGAUCUUAUGGUAUUUUUGUGGCAUCUGGCUUUCAUCAGUGUUCGUAAUUUCAUUAAUUGAAUUGAUUUAAAAAAUCAGCAUCUUAAAUUCACAUUCAAACUCAGAUGGCACAAAAAUACCAGAAGAUCUACAGUAUCUGUGGCACCUGAAUUGGAAUUUUUGUUUUACCUUAACAUUUUUUACUCUGAGGUUUUUUUUACCAUCAAAGUUGAAGCAUUGAAAAUUUGUACUCUAAAUAAAAUUCUCUGUGCUAAAAAAAUCAGUCUUAAAUUCUGUUUUGAAUUUGAAUUCAAACUCAGAUGGAAACAAAAUACCAGAGGGUGUACUGGUAUUUCUGUUUUGUCCACAAAAUCUCUUGAGGGUUAAAAAAAACAAAAACAAUCAGUGUUAUAUCUUGUAUUUUUGUGCCAUCUGAUUGAGAAUUUGAAUUUAAGUUGUUGAAUUGUAAAGAUUUAUUUUCAUCAGUGUUAGAAAUUUGAUUGUUAAAAAAAAAAAAAAAUACAAAAUCUGCGAAAAAAAUAAAAUGUCUUAAAUUCGGAUUCAAUAUCAUAUGGCACAAAAAAUACCAUACUGACUUUUUGAGUGAUAAAAAAAUUCAGUGUUAGAAAUUGAAACUCAGAUGGCACAUACAGUAUAUACUUCCCUACCAAGAUGCCACAAGAUGACACCAAAACAAUAUUUUUUUAUAUUAGACAUGGCUUUGGCCUGGACACAAAAACACAAUAACAGGACAGAUUCCAUAUUCCAAAAAAAUCAGCAAAACAUGGAUAUGCGGGUAACACUGUUUCACCCAAUAAGGAAAUCUGCGCAAUUUGAACCUGGAAGUUAACAUGGAUAGGGAGCUAAAUUAACAAUGUUCAAUAAUUUGUGACCUUGAUCGCAAGCCUUCAUUGGAUUUGUUUAUCUUUAAAUCAACCAUACUCGUAACAACGCAGUCGUUUAAACGGCAAAGAAACACAAAUUAGUUCACCAGUCAGGUGACUUUAGGAGUUUGUUCUCCAUCCAAAUGCGUGCAAGGUGAAGGUAACACUGUUUUGAGAUGCACAUGCGAUGCAUUAACGCCAGUCUAGUAAGGGUUUGGACUAACACUGCUGCCUGUUCUCUGACACAACAGGACCCACAUUUAAUUCACCCUGUACAGUGUGAUUAUUUUGUUGUAAGUCCCUAUUAAUCAAACUAUACAUGAUGUACUGACCCUCUGUGUAAGUGGAGCUUCAGUCGCCAUUAAAA